ACACCAAAAUUGCAGGAUUUCUCGUGAGGGCUCACAAGCCAAUAAAGCUUGCUACUUUCCAUUCCCAUCCAGAUCACUCACGCACUUGUAUUCAACUCCCAUAUUUUCGACAAUUUUAAUCCUCACUCACUCCUACUCCUUUUUUAUCUUGGUUGUUAUUUGCCAAUCAUUUCCUUCAAAUUUGAUUUGUUUUCUCAUCUGAGUACUCAAUAUUCUACUUUCUGAGCAAUAUUUCUGAUCUAUCUGGAUAGCAUGAGUUUGAUCCUAUUUCUUAUCAAUUUUCGCUUGGUUCAGCUUUUUCUUAACUAACGUUCUUUUGGGGGUCACUUGUUUAUAAGGUUUUUAAUAUCACUCCACGUACUUCACUAUGAGUAUGUGACUAAACUGUCUUUAUAUCCGUGCGAUCUGUAUUGGACUGUCACUGCUUUAUUUAUUUUCAUCCUUUCUGAUCUACUAUCGCCUCAAAUAUGAUGGCAACUGGAAUGAAUAUUUGCAAUGUGACCUCAAAACCAAACUCCCAUUUGGCUAAAACAAGCCAAGGCAGUCUCAGAUAUGGAGACAAUGGGAUUUGGGGGGAGAGAAUCAGAGGAAGCCUGAACAACAACAACAACAACGUUUGGAUCAAACAGGUAGCAAAAAGAGUCAGUAAAGCCAAACCCGUUGUUGCUUUUGCUCUUCUUACAUCAAAUAACACCAAGGAGGCUCUGACGCAGACCCUUCAAGUACCUCAAUUUCAUAGACGAAGAGCGGACCCGAAAAAUGUUGCUGCGAUCAUUUUGGGAGGAGGGGCAGGGACUCAGCUCUUUCCUCUUACGAGACGAGCUGCGACACCUGCUGUCCCGGUUGGAGGAUGCUACAGGCUCAUAGAUAUUCCCAUGAGCAAUUGCAUCAAUAGUGGCAUAAACAAGAUCUUUGUACUGACCCAGUUCAAUUCUGCUUCUCUCAAUCGUCACAUCGCCCGGACAUACUUUGGAAAUGGUAUCAAUUUUGGGGAUGGUUUUGUGGAGGUCUUAGCAGCCACCCAAACACCAGGAGAAGCAGGAAUGAAGUGGUUCCAAGGGACCGCAGAUGCAGUGAGGCAAUUUACGUGGGUGUUUGAGGACGCCAAGAACCGAAACAUUGAGAACAUUCUGAUUUUGUCUGGUGAUCAUCUCUACCGGAUGGAUUACAUGGAUUUUGUGCAGAGCCACGUCGAUAGAAAUGCUGAUAUCACAAUUUCGUGUGCAGCAGUAGAUGACAGACGUGCAUCAGAUUAUGGACUGGUAAAGGUUGACAGCCGAGGACGCAUUGCCCAGUUUGCUGAAAAACCAUCAGGUGCUGAUCUCAAAGCAAUGCAAGCAGAUACCACUCUUCUAGGGCUGUCCCAACAAGAUGCCAUGACAUCCCCAUACAUUGCAUCCAUGGGAGUUUAUGCAUUUAAGACAGAGAUUUUGCUAAAGCUCCUACGGUGGAGAUAUCCUACAUCUAAUGACUUCGGAUCAGAAAUUAUUCCUGCAGCUGUGAAGGAACAUGAUGUUCAAGCAUAUUUAUUCAGAGACUAUUGGGAGGAUAUUGGGACCAUAAAGACUUUCUAUGAUGCCAACUUGGCCCUUACUGACAAGGUUCCAAAGUUUGAGUUUUAUGACCCAAAAACACCUUUUUUCACGUCUCCUCGAUUCUUACCACCAACCAAGAUCGACAAGUGCCGGAUUGUGGAUGCUAUAAUCUCACAUGGAUGUUUCUUGAGAGAAUGUAGUGUCAAACAUUCCAUUGUGGGUGAACGCUCACGAUUGGACUACGGUGUGGAGCUUAAGGACACCAUAAUGAUGGGUGCAGACUACUACCAAACUGAAUCUGAGAUUGCAUCUUUGUUGGCUGAGGGGAAGGUUCCUAUUGGAAUUGGACAGAACACAACAACUAGGAACUGUAUAAUUGAUAAGAAUGCAAAGAUAGGAAAGGACGUGAUCAUCAUGAACAAAGAUGGAGUUGAAGAAGCAGAUAGACCGGAAGAGGGGUUUCAUAUUCGGUCGGGAAUCACCAUCAUAGUGGAGAAAGCAACUAUAAAAGAUGGAACUGUCAUAUAGAUGACUGCUACACCCAGUAGAGAAAUUCUGGAAACGAACAUGGCAAAGCAGUUUUCAUGAAACAGCUAAGAGAAAUGUCGACAUUAUGAUGUUUGGAAAGGCAAGCUUUGUGGCUUGCUUGUAAUCUGGAAAAUCUCUCAGUGCUAGUGCUAUUACUUGUGAAAAUGGGCCUGUCAUGUGAGUCUAUCCAACCGGAUACUGGAUACCGGAAUGUAUCGAAAUAAAUUUACAGGCCAGUUGGCUGCUUUCUUGAUUAAUGAAUAAAGACAGCGAGUCUGUAGUAAAAUAAAAAAUUCUCAUUAGACCUUGAUUAAUGAAUAAAUUCUCACCUAAACUUGCUUUUAA